GUUGGGAUUAUGUCAGGUUUGUUAUUAUUAUAACAGAGACAAGAAAUAGUUAUCCCUUGUCUCUGAUUAUAAUGUGCCAUCAAAAGAAUUGUUGAAAAUACUGUACUGCGUGAGUAACAGUAUUAUUGUGUGUAAUCGAGGCUACGCAUUUAGAUUCCGGCAUUUGUAUUUAUAAUGCCGCUCUCAAGAAUAUUACCGAUCACCAGAGGCUUGCUUGGAACUAAGCAAAUUAACGUUAAAUCGCCUGCGUUUAUUAAUGGAACAUGGAAUUUCGUGCAGAACAGAGGGUAUAAGAACUUUGGCCACAAGAGGAAAAUGGAACCCAUGAUUAGCAUAUGUCUUCUACUUUUUCUAAGUGGAGGUAUGACCUUCUUUAUGAUAGACUGGAGAUGGUGUCGAAUGUUAUAUUUGAAUUAUACUGGCCAAUUGAAGGAGAAGCCCCAAGACACUUCACCCACCAAAUAGAUGGACAUUAUCGAAUCAAAUUGAAAUUCCAUGUAGUUGAAUAAUUUAUUGUAUUAGAAUGUUAUAACCAUUUAGUCUACGAGUAGUUUUUUUUACCUUAUAGUUCAUUGUAAUUACUAGUACAUAACAAUUUCCAACAAAACUUUUUAGGUCCACAUACUACAUACUAAAUAAUAUUAAUGUAAAAAAAUUAUAUCGGGGACACAAAUAGGCAUUGCCACAUGUUCUAAUUCGAAAUUGACAUAUUUAUCAAGAAUUUGAAGCAUUUUGACACUGUCAAAUGUUGUUUUGAAAGGAGUUUUUUUCCCAAUUUUGUGCAAAGAUAUACAAAAACUAUCGGCUUAGAACUUUGUGUUUUGGGUCUCCUAUUUCGCGUCCAACCGAUAGUUAACACUCCUUUUUGCAGGUAAGAAGUGGCAACCAUACUGCAAUUUAUACCUGUAGGCAUGUAAGGUUAGAACCUGUACAAAAACUAGCAAACUGAGGGCCCUUGAAACUUGAGCGUGGUAGAAUUGUUAUAAACAACUGCAACUACUGGAUGAUUUAUUAGGGCAAAUUUACGCGUUGUGGCGAAGUGAGCGCAAAGGCAUUGAGAACAUCUGGGAUGCUACAUGAUAUGAUUAUGUAUACAUGAAAAUGUAUACAAAUGUAUAAUGCCUCGAAGCUCCCUGAAUGUUCAGCGUGUGUUUCUACAAUUAUCGGAGCAAUUGACUUUGGAAAAUAUCUAAUUGUAUUUCACUCUAUAAGGCUUCAACCGCCAAAACAAGUAAUAGUUUCUACUGAGCCAACCGAGGGUGUUUCUGUGCCUCCUUUCAUCAUAAUUGGGGCUGAUAAUAUUUACUACUCUUGCGUGUGACUGAAUCCCACUUGAUUAAAUAAUAACGCUAACUUGCUGAUGAAUUAAAGUCUACGAGGGAAUUCAGUUUUUAGAUUUGGAUGUCACGUUUUAUAUUCCUUGCAGUCCAGUUAUAAAAAAAUGAUUUAUUACAAAUAAUCGGCGGGUUUAAACUUGAUAGGCCACGUAACAAAUGAUUGCGCCAUGCUUUCCUUUAGUUAAUAACACAGACUAUCAAACUAUUAGCUAAUAGUUUGAUAACAUGAUGAAAUGAAAGCAGUUUCAUUUGAUUUCCAGGUGAAAAUGGCAAUUCGUCGGCAUUGUGACCCAAUAAACGUGAAGAAAAUCUGGGAUGCCAUACGAUUGGCCAGUGCGGGCCACCAAUCCUGCGAUUCAAACAGAAUUCUAAAACAUUUUCAGAAGUCUAAUGAUUGCACGCAGGAACAAGUCGAGCUCUACAUCAACCAAUGUGUUAAGGAUGGACUGAUCAUCGUGAAUAAAAAAGCCAACGCGGAGCAGACGUACAAAGUAACGGACCAGAACCAGCCACAGUUUGUUUUUAAAGAUUGGUACUGUUUCGAGUGCCAUUUAGCAGGCGACGUGAAGGUAUGCGAAAACUGUUUCCGAGUUUUCCAUUUCGACUGUAUAAAGAUUGCGGAACAACGAUUCAACAUUCACAAACCAAGUGAUUCUCUGCGAUCUAGUAUUGAUGCUGGUAUGAAUGUUGGCGAAAUUAGUAUGGACAUUUCCACUAGUUCCAAUGCUGCCGACAAAUCGUCUGUUCAUUUGUUCAAUGAGAAACUGUGCAGCGUUUGCAAUAUCAUCAAUAUUGAUGACUGCAAAAUGGACAAGUCUGAGAUGAAUUAUCUGCUCAAGUUCGUCUUGCACCGAAUUAGGACUUGGUUACCAUACACAAUUACCGAGAAUAUCGGCGAAGACGAAAGGCCCAGCUGGCUGACAGACACAGAGCUCACAUGGCGAGCCAACCAAUUAUUCUGCGAGCAUCGCGAUAUGUCCGUUCUUGAAGUUAAUCUUAACUCAGAAGCGUACAAUAUCCUCUCAGAAUUUCUGGCUGACAUUCUCACUAUCCAGCACAACGUCGCUAUUUUCCAUGGAAGUAAAUCUCUUGAACAUUCCGCUGCAGAGAUGAUGAUUCGCGACGCCCUGCACGACAUAUCGGAGCUGAAGAACUGCGUGGACUGCUACAAGCACAGCAACGAAAAAAUCCACUUGCGAUGGUUCACUUUGCCUUGCCGAAAUCCUCAUGAGCUAGUUUGGGCGAAGCAGAAAGGCUACCCUUAUUGGCCGGCGAAGGUAAUUAAGGAAACUUCUUCACAUUAUGAUGUGCGAUUCUUCGGGGGGAAGCAUGAAAGGUCGCUGAUUCACAAAAGCUACAUAAAACCCAUCACUGUUCCAAAAGAAAAGCUAAAAAUCAAGUCGUCGACUGCAUUUACUAAGGCCUUGGAGGAACUGAUUUACCAUCAGAAACUGCUGUCUGAUCCCCAGGAAAUUGAGAAUUUGCUAUCGGUAUCGAAAAAUAAAAAAGUCCAAAAACGACCGCUGUUGUCGGUGAGCCAUGCCGCUAAAUCAUUUAAGAAAAAGGGACAGUCCCCGGCUAGACAGACGAGCAACAGCCCGGCGAUUCAAGAAAUCCAAAGCGAAGCUGGCUCGAGCGAUAUGUCGCAGAGAACCCCAAGCAAGCGACCUAAAUUGGAGGCGGAAGGCGGUUCGAGUGAAGUAAUUUCGGGCAAUGUGAUCGACAUUUCAGAUGGCGAAGAAGAGGAAACUGACUAUUCAUUUAGGGGAAACAGCGGCGCUGCGGAUCCUUUUAGAUUCGACGAGCACCAGGAGCAAGUAUCUAGCUCGACAGAGAAUUACAAAAAGCCCCCACAAAGCGCUGAUCUGCAUCAGCUAGAUCAGCCUUACAGCGACUCAGUAGAGAAGAUGAGACGAAUGGUUGAACCGUUGUCCGAUAAAAAGGAAAUUAUCAAGUGCACAAUGGACUGCAUGCAGGCCGAGAUUGACCGAAUCACUGACGAACACAAUGAGCACUUAAAAAGGCUGUUUGAAUCCCACAACAUGCAGAUUUCUGAGACAAAAAAGAAACAAUGGUGCUUCAAUUGUGAGCAGGAUGCCAUUUACCAUUGUUGUUGGAACACCGCGUAUUGUUCACAGACUUGCCAGCAACAGCAUUGGCAGGCCGAGCACAAGAAAGUCUGCCGACGGAAACGGCAAAUAUAGAUUUGCUUUGAAUAUUUUAUACAAUAGGCAGUGUCCAAUUGGGAUAGACGUGUUUGUUCAUGUAUUUUAUUCAUUCACAUAUGUGGCAGUUUUAAUAUUAAUUAGACUGUAUCCGCCGAUUUCGUGCAACUAUAGUGUGUAUUAAAUAGUUUUUAAGUUUAA